AUGGAUGUUUUAAAUAAAAUAUUAAAUUCUGAAAUUUCAAUUGAUGAAAUUUUAGAGUGGCUAUCUGCAAAUGACAAUGAGAAUAUUAAUUUUUCCAACAACGCGCAAAUUAAUUCAACACCUACCGAAUUUAUCUUAUUUUUUCUCAAUUAUUUGAGAAAACAAUGUCAAGGGACACUAGAUGUUGAUAUUCAUAAUACUGUAGAAAGUCAAGUUAAAAAGAAUAUCCCAAGUACACCAUCAAAACAAAACAAGAGUGUUAACAGAACCAGAAGUAAUAUAAGCUUGGAAGAUAACAAACAAUUGAAAUUAUCAUCAGUGUGUACAGGUAAUCAAAAUAGUUCACUGGGAUUUCACUCUCCUGACACCAAAAUUGCUAAUAUAAGUAACAAUAUUCAACUGACGAGUACACCAGUCAAAACCAUUCAUCAAAUAACCCAGUCUUCUGAAUCUACUAAUUUGAACACCACUGAUAAAUCGGAACCUAGGCAUACUGUUGAUUGUAUGUCUAGUUUUAAUGAAUUAUCCCAAUCUUUUAGUCCAAUCAUCAAACAUAGCCGUCCACAAUGGAGCAAUGACGAUCAUUCUUUUGGUAACCCUGAAUUUUCCGUCAAUCGUCAAAGCACAUUAAACAUAUCCCCACACGUAAGACAGCCUACAAUAAAUGACUCUGUUCAUUCUAACACAUCUAUAGAUACAAGUGUUAACCCUUGCAGUCCUGUUUCACCUUUAUAUACCGGUUAUAUGCCAUCAAUAUUUAAAAAAAAAAAUUAUGCUGCUAUAAAACAAAGAGCUACUGGAAAAAAUUUAAGUAAAAGUUCUCAAUCUAAGCAAAAUACUGAUCAGAAAAAAAAUGAUCAUAGUCGUAGUAUUUGUUUCGGAGAUUUUAUUGCUCCAGAAAAAAGUAAUUCUAAAAAAAAUAAUAAAAAAAACAGUUCGAAAGAUCAGGUUUUGACAUCACAAUCUACUCAUGAAACAGAGCCUUUGCAAAAUAAAUCAUUAACAGAAAAUACUAGAAAUAAAUCUAAAUCAAGGCGCCGUAUUAAGCCAACAAAAUUGAAUCUUUCGUCUGAUACAGCAAAUCAAGAGGAGGUUUUUGGUGCAGUGAGUAGACCACGAAUAGUUAAUCCACAAUUUGUAGAAGCACAACCGAAUGAUAAAUCAACUGAAAUAUCAUCUUUUGAAACUGAACGAGAAUUAUUAAAGUUGGAAAGACAGAAACAACCAAAAGUUGAUGUUUCUACAGAAGGGAGUAGUCAGGAAGUGAAAUGCGUCAUCAAAUCUCUUAAACCAUCUUCAUAUGUUGUUCCUCAAUUAGAAUUUGUUGAUAAUAUUGAAGUGCUAAAUAUCUUAGGAAAACUUUAUGCAUCUCUUCUAUGUAAAAAUUUGAUUUUAAAUCCUAUGUCAGAAUUAUAUUUUAUUAUUUCUCUCAUUACAUUUCAAUAUAAAUCAUUAGUGGAUGAAAAUGAAAGUCCAAUAACACAUUUAAACUCAGAAAGCAAUAAUUCUAAUUCGUUAGAUAGAUUAAAAAAAAAUUUAGGAGUUUUUGAUAUCGUUGAAGAUAUAAAUGAAAUAAGUUGCAACAGAGAGUCUCAAAAAAAUGUCGAUGAUUCAGAAUUGUCAACUUGUGAAUUGGUCGACAAAAAGAAAAUUGAACAAUCUCAAGAUGAACCAAAUUACCUUGAUACAGCUCAUAAUUGUAUUUAUUUUGCGACAACAACUCUUUUUCAUGGAAAAAGUUUAUUAUCGGUAUUAGAUCGAGCAGCUUUAAAGUUGCUCUAUGAUAAUACAUUGGUAGUAGCAUUUCAACCAGCACUUCGAGAGUAUUUGAAAGAAUUAUAUACACUUAAAUGUUUACAUUCUAAACAAUGUAAACCAUAUAAUGACGCGAGCGCAUUGCAGACAAAUGUAUGUUUUCAAAUGGACACAGAUAAUCGAGAAAAUUUUCCUUCAUCUUUAGCAUUCUCUACGUUUAGAAAACAACGUGAUGUAUUCUAUGAAAUUUUAAAGAUAUGGGAAGACAAUCAUUUGCUACCAAAUUGGUCUUUUAAUACAGCAUUAGAAAGGAAAAUAAAUACAUUGUUAUCAAUGCAUCAUGAUCAGGAACAACUUGAUGAUGACCAAACUUCAAAUGUUUUAAAAUACUUGAAAGAUUUAGACCCAGAAAAACUGAAACAAUUAAAGGAACGGUUAGUUACUCCAACUUCAUCAAAGGGACCAGUCCCGGAACCUGAAUUUCUUGGCGUUCAAGAAUUUUAUAGAGAUUUUAUUUCAGCAUCAUUUAAUCCAAAAUUUAAUGUUAUUUUGCAAAAUUGUUUUGUUCAAGAAAUUAUAGAGUUAAAUGAAACACAAUUUGCAUGUAGUGAUAUCGAUACGAAAGAAAAUUCAGUGGAUGAAAGCACGAAGCAAAAUUAUAUUAUUUGUUUAUCAAGUCUCAGAGUAAUGGCAAAAUUCUUAGGUUUUAUUAUAUCAUUGCCAUUUCGGUCAGAAGUUAAAACAUUAGAAUCAAUAAAUACACAGAUUGCUUUGCGGAGUCGCACCCUUCCACCAUUGGAUUUACAAGAAUGUUUAUCAAAUUCUAUGAAAAAUGGUAAACUUUCACUAACUAUUCCGUGGCUAGUUCAAUAUCUUGCUAUGAUGGAUUCAGUAGCAUUUUAUUUACCAUAUUAUUUGAAACUAUGUAAAAUACUUUAUUGUCUAUAUCGUACAGCAUAUAAUUCGUUAAAUCAAGAAACAUCAUUGUUGAUUACAUUCUGCAUUGGUUGGCUCUUUGAUCUUCCAAAUUUUCCGAAAGAACUUUAUUAUAACUGGUACUCAAAUUACAAUAAUGUAAAAAUUGAAACGAAACCACUUUUAACUAUUAGUAAAUCAAUUGAAACAUCAAAAUUGACGGAUAAAACGUCAAAAAAUGUUGCUGGAUGUAAUAUAAUUUUGGAUGGAAUGAAAAUAAUUGACGAUAGAGCUUUAUUUAUUAGUUGUGAAUUUUUAACGGAAUUUAAAGUUUUACUAACAGCUGGGAAUUCAAGUAUACAUAGCGGUAAUAAUGCCAAUCGACACAUUACACCGGUCUCUAGCCAAUUAUCUAAACCAACACAUGCUGCAAGAACAAUAACUUUAGAGUUACAACUAGAAAAUGCCUUUUUUCACAGCCAACCACGCUCAAUAAAAAAAACGGUUGAUUUUGUUUCUGAAAGAGUCGCUUCAACUUGUGUUAAAUAUAUUUGCAAAUUUAUAAUAACGCCGAUCAAAGAAAAAAGUUACAAAACAUGGAAAAUACAAAUCAGUAAGAAGCCAAGUGAACAAAUCGUUGCAACGGAUGAAUUGUUUCAGCAUAUAACAGUUGUUACACAUGAAAUUAGUAAUGAAUGUAAAAAAAAAAUUCCUGCUAUGUGUGAGGCAAGGAUAAAAAAUUCUAUAGAAUCUUUGUUAGCUGAAGAUAUUUUAGAAUCUGUAAAAAAUAUGUCCAUCAAAAUUGCUAUGAAAAUGGCAAUGGAACGAAUAAAUCAGUGGAUUGAAUCUUAUAUCAAUGGUGUAACUACGUCCAAAGAUAUGUAUGAAGAAUUUGUUAAUAAAAAAUCAUUCGAUUCAGACGAGGACUCAAAAAAUAUGCAAAAGAGUAAAUAUGACUCAAGAUAUCCUUCUUCAACUACAGUAAUUAAUGAUGUACGCAAUUCAAUGUGGGAAUUAAUGGAACAAAAUGGAAGGUGGUCUAUAUUAACUGAAGAACAAAUUUUAUUGAUUAUUGAUAGUGUACAAUCAAUAUUAUUGGGAAACAAUGAAUUAGUGAUGUCAACUAAAAAAGUUUUAUGUAUAUUAAGUAUUGAUUAUGCUAUACAUAUAAUAGUUUUUAAAGAAGAAUUAAUGACAACUAACAUAGAAAAUAAUUUUAUAAAGUUGUGGAAAUUAUAUAAAAAUAUUAAUGAGUUGUUAUCAGGAUUAUUGAGUCCUCGAAAUAUCAAACUUCUAAUGCAAGCUUAUGAUGCCACAAUUUGGAGAAGAUAUGGAAAAUUUAUACAAAAAUUAUUAGCAGAAAAUAUAUUAACAAUUGAAAAUUUCAGUGAUCAAUGUGUUGCCUUUUUCAGACUUGAAUGGCCUCGCUAUGUUUUGAAAUGUAUUCCAAAUUGUUUAUUGGAAGCGAUUAGUCAUUAUAAUAGUUUCAACGAACACACUGAAAAAGUUAAAUAUUUGAUUGGUUGGCUCGCUGGGACUUGCCCCGAAUUAAACUACAACUAUGGAUAG